UCCUCCUCCUCAUCCUCCUCCGCUGUCGGCAUCCAGACCGCAGGAGCCCUUUGUGCCUCUGCAGGGGCCCUUGUCGUUUCCUCUCGUUUGCAUUUGACGCCAAACCAAGCGCAGCAUGAAGAUGAUGGGAAGCAAGGAGCGCAGAGGCGCGAAUCUGAGGGGUUUGGUGAGGAAGAACUGGCUGCUCGUCGCCACGGUGGUGUCCGUGCUGCUCGGAAUCGGAUUGGGCGUCUUGGUCAGAGAGUUUGAACCACUUUCCCAUCUCAACAAGCAAUACUUUGGCUUCCCUGGAGAGCUCCUGAUGCGGAUGCUGAAGAUGGUUAUACUCCCACUCAUCAUCUCAAGCAUGAUAACAGGUGUUGCAGCCUUGGACUCGGAAGUUUCAGGAAAAAUUGGUCUCCGGGCUGUUACCUACUAUUUCUCCACCACUAUCAUUGCCGUUAUUCUUGGGAUCAUCUUGGUGAUGAGCAUCAAACCUGGAGUUUCUCAAGAACCUGAGGACAUUGACAGAAGUGGAACCACUCCCAAUGUUACAACAGUUGACACUCUCUUGGACCUGCUGAGAAACAUGUUUCCAGAAAAUCUGGUACAGGCUUGUUUUCAGCAGUACAAGACCAAACGGAAGGAAAUCGAACCUGUGAAAGAUCCAGUCAACACCACCACAGCUGCUCCUCUAACAACCACCAUCAUGGCGGUAGUAAAGAACAUCACCAAGGAGUAUAAUAUAAUCGGAGCAUACUCAGACGGCAUCAAUGUGUUGGGAUUAAUCGUCUUCUGUGUGGCUUUCGGCCUCGUCAUUGGAAAGAUGGGAGAAAAAGGUCGAAUCCUUCUGGAAUUCUUUGAUGCUCUGAAUGAAGCUACCAUGAAGUUGGUCCAGAUCAUUAUGUGCUACAUGCCAGUGGGAAUCCUGUUCCUCAUUGCUGCAAAGAUCAUCGAGGUGGAAGACUGGGAGAUCUUUAAGAAGAUGGGUCUUUACAUGGUGACCGUGCUGAGUGGUCUGGUCAUCCACGCAACAGUCUGCCUUCCUCUCAUCUACUUCAUCAUCGUGAGGAAGAACCCAUACACGUUUACCCUCGGAAUGGCUCAGGCUCUGGUGACAGCCCUAAUGAUCUCCUCCAGCUCAGCCACGUUGCCUGUCACCUUCCGAUGUGCUGAGGAGAACAACCGCAUCGACAAGAGGAUCACCCGCUUCGUCCUCCCCGUGGGCGCCACCAUCAACAUGGACGGCACCGCGCUCUAUGAGGCCGUGGCGGCCAUCUUCAUUGCUCAGUUGAAUGAUUACAGUCUGGACGUGGGGCAGAUCGUUACCAUAAGCAUAACAGCAACAGUCGCCAGUAUUGGAGCCGCAGGAGUCCCUAACGCUGGGCUUGUCACCAUGGUGAUAGUUUUAACGGCUGUCGGAUUACCUGCCAAUGACGUCACUCUGAUCGUGGCUGUAGACUGGCUGCUGGAUCGCUUCAGGACGAUGAUCAACGUUCUCGGAGACGCUUAUGGAGCCGGUAUUGUUCAAAAACUAUCCAAGAUGGAGCUGGAGAGGAUGGACCUGAUAUCAGAUGUGGAUGUUGCCAACCCUUUUGCCAUGGAAGCAACUUUGGAUGAUGAAGAGUGUGAGAAGAAAUCCUACGUCAACGGAGGCUUCACUGUCGAUAAGACAGAUGCAAUCUCCUUCACAGAGACCUCCCAGUUUUAGGUUCUGAGGUGAGGAUAAAGUGGCACGGUGCAUCUGCUGUAACAUGGAGAAUCUUUCAUCCUGUGUCAGCACCGUGACAAGACUGGAGAUCUGCCCAACCAAGCCCAGACAUCAGCAGCAGUAGCUUUCCUUCACCUUAGUUCACGUUCCUGCUCCCCAUUUCUGACAUUGACAUCGACCACUAGAUUCAAGUGCUUCCUUAUCACUGUCGACAUGUGCCAAGAUGAAGAAAGUUCUGCUUUUUAGAAAGACUGAGUUCUUUUUCAUAGAUCCACUUACAGAAAAGGCAGUUUGUGUGUGUGCUCAUAAACUGCAGAAGGCUGUUGAUCUGCUCUGCUCUGAGAGGCUCGGCUGUGGCGUCUGGCUUGACUCAGCAGCUUCAUACUCUAUCCAAUAAAAUUGCCUACUGUAAAUUAAAAUGUAUUAUGAUAUCAACCAAUAUAUUCUAUAUAUUCUAUAUCUAUAUCACUGCAUUGCACUUCUGGCCGUGCCACAGCCCAUUUUUCUAUGUGUUUUGCAUCAAUCAGGCUUUCUUACAAAAUGUAGAAUGGAGUCAUUUCAUUGUCUAUCAGAUUGUUUGAAGCCCUUGUUUAGUGGUUGGCCUCUUUUCUACUCAUUUUCAGGCUAGCCCAAAGUAAAUCUCUGCCUAGAAAAGUUGACUGUCUGCACAGUACUGAACAUCACUUAGCAAGACAUUAGAUAUAAUCUAACUCCUUUGUGUCAGAAGUUACACAUUUAUUUGUCCUUAAAUGCACUGCUUGGAUACUAAUAUUGUUCUAUAAAUAUAUGCAGAAUUAAAUUGUGCCAAACACUUUGCAUUUUUUCUCAAAGUUGCAUGAAGCAAUAUUUGAAAGCACAGGAGGUGUCAAACUCCAUGCCUGGAGGACCAGUGAUCCAUUUGUUUUACCACUAACCUGAUAUUGAAGUUUUCAAAGGGGAUCCAGGUGAUCAACAGCAGGCGGGGCGUGGUUUCUGGGGGGCCAGCAGGAUGUCGGCCCUCCAGGCCUGGGGUCUGACUCCCCCAGUGUUAAACGAAAGCUGAUGGAAAUUUCUAUGAGGACUUCUAGAGCGUCAUUUCAGACUGAUGGAAUUAAAGAACACUGUGAAUUGAAUUAUGUCCUGUGAGACUGAAUAACACAAACUGUCUUUGUUUUAACAGCAUGGGGGAUAGUUGAAGUAUCCUAUUGCUGUAUUUGCUUUUGUCAAGUGAAACCAUUGCUGUAUAACUUCUGGAAGUAAUCCAGGAGCAGAUUUUAAUGUGUCUUCACUGACCUGUAUGUAGCGUUCACUUGUUCCCUUUGCAACGAUUAGGACUUGUUAAUAGACCUGCUCUGUAGCAUAGCGACGUGUAUGCGUUAUGUCUUUCUGUUUAUGAUCAUGGACAAUGUCAAGGUAAUUCCAAGCUGUAGAAGACUUUUCAUUGAAGUUGAAGAAAGUCAAGCAUCAACUAACACAAACGUGGGUGGUUUAAUAACAAUAUUGUGAAUUACUUGCAUUGCCUUAUGAGGAAAAACAACCUAAACUUAAUGGGGAGAAGAGGUAUUAAAAUGGGUUUUUUCUCAAUGUAUUUUUUCUGGCUAAAGAAGGAGAGAGCUGUACGAUUCAUGAAUGUGACGUUGGAUUAGCACUGACUGUAUACUGUUGCUGCACACAUGCUUUACUCUUACAUAAACAGUUGUUUCAUA